AUGCCCGGCAAAGAAGACACUUACCACUGGGCGCUUGUGGUUGGCCCUAAAAACGAGAAAGAGGAGAAACAGGGCGAUCAAGGCAAAGGCACGCGUUAUCAUGCAAAACACGGCAUUACAGCGGAAGGACAAAUGGAAUGGCUCUUCGAAGAGAAGAAAACUUCCAUGUUACCCACAUCGGCGUUGCUCGUGCGAGUAUUGAUAGCCAAGGUGGAGAACAAAGAUCGACUUCAAUCCAUUCUUCGAAACACACCAUUCAAACAAGGCGUAGUGGGAUGGAAUUGUGUUGCCUGGGUACAAGAAGCAUUGCAGAGUUUAGAAGCAGACGGAAAAGCUCUGGGGACAGGUGUGACGGAAUGGACGAAGGUCAAAACAAGUGCAAUGGAAUACUGUCAGCGAAAGAGGGAAGAGCAUCGCUUUGAUAGUUGGAUCAAACUUUGA